AUGACUUGCCUCAUUGCCGCUCCCGUGCUGGGGGUUGGUCUUCAUGGGCUUCUGGCUGUGUGCCGUCGUCGCGGUUGGCUCACCUUUGCACGUGAUCCACCCAGAGGUGUGGAGGAACUGUUGGCAAUGCAAACUCCUAUGACGGGAUGUCAUCAUCACGAGGUGGCAGGGUUCUUUCCAGAACCUUUCGACCUACCUGCUGCGGCAGAAGAGCCAGAACAUCUGUGA